UCUACGAUCUCCUGUCCGGCGCUACUCCAAAAUCCAAAUAUCCGAAACUUUUCCGGCGGCGGUCGAUUUUCGGCAUGGCGAUGAUUGCACGGCGGUUUUGUCCGGCGUUGUUGAUAUUGGUUGCGACGGCGGCGGCGUGGUUUCCGGCGGCCCGUGGGGUGUGGUUCGACAUGCCGAAGUCGGGGUGGAAGUGCGUGUCGGAAGAGUUGCAGUCCAACGUUGUCGUUAUCGGCGAGUACUACGGCUUCUUCGGCAAUUAUUACGACGAGAACAGUACCGCCGUUCCAUCUCUAUCCGUUAAGGUAUCAUCGCCAUUUGGGAACACAUUACACCAGCAACAUAAAGUCUACCAUGGUCAAUUCUCAUUCACCACAUCAGAGUAUGGUGUAUACAUGGCAUGCUUCACCAUAGACAGCGACACCGGAGGCAGAACAACAACCGUUGGCGUCGACUGGAAAACUGGAAUUGCUACAAAAGAUUGGGAUUCCAUUGCAAAGAAGGAAAAAAUUCAGGGGCUCGACCUCGAGUUGAAGAAGCUAGAAGCUUCCGUGGAAGCGAUCCAUAACAAUCUAUUCCGUCUGAUUGAAAAGGAGUGGAAGUUGAGAGAUAUGAGUGAUAAAACCAAUGUUAGAGUGGCUCGGUAUAGCCAAAUGUCUCUCUCCCUUUGCAUCGUGGUGUCGAUAGUUCAAGUGUUGUAUUUAAGGCGAUACUUUAGGAUGAAGAAGCUCAUCUAAUAAAAGACAUUAGUUAGGCAGUGAGAUUGGAUUUUGUGGGGGGAAAUGUAUAAAUAAUAAUGCACAAGGAACAAUCAUUUGAAGCGGAGGGAGCCAUUUUGUUCAGGGAUUGAUUUCUUUAGAAUGCUCCAAGUGCUAAACUGGACGAGACAAUGUAAUGAGCUAAACCCGUUUUAAUUGGGCUCUAAGGUUCAACUGAAAGGCCCAAAUUCAAUUUUACUGUGCCACUAAAAGUUUCUAUAUUGUUUAUUUUUAUUGUAUAUCUUUUAUGU